AGUCUAUCCGGAAGUUCUAUGAUCAUUAGGAAAAGACUGGUUGGUUCGAUAAAAGCGAACAAAUAAGACAGAAUAAACUGUCUUUAUGGAGUCUUACGAUGUAAUUGCAAACCAGCCCGUUGUCAUAGACAAUGGGUCUGGAGUGAUCAAAGCUGGUUUUGCUGGAGAUCAAGUUCCUAAAUACAUAUUUCCAAACUACAUCGGCCGCCCCAAGCAUGUCCGGGUCAUGGCAGGUGCCCUGGAGGGAGACCUCUUCCUGGGACCCGAGGCUGAGGAGCACCGGGGUCUGUUGUCAAUCCGCUACCCAAUGGAGCAUGGUAUUGUGCGAGACUGGAACGACAUGGAGCGGAUUUGGCAGUACAUUUACUCCAAAGACCAGCUACAGACUUUCUCUGAGGAGCACCCCGUGUUACUGACAGAAGCACCUCUCAACCCCAGGAGGAACCGGGAGAAGGCUGCAGAAAUAUUUUUCGAGACAUUCAAUGUUCCAGCCCUCUUCAUUUCCAUGCAAGCUGUUCUUAGUUUAUAUGCCACUGGUAGAACAACAGGAGUGGUGCUAGAUGCGGGUGAUGGCGUCACACAUGCUGUACCCAUCUACGAGGGCUUCGCCAUGCCACACAGUAUCAUGCGUGUUGACAUUGCCGGGCGGGAUGUCACACGCUACCUCCAGCUUCUCCUCCGGAAGGAAGGCUUUGAUUUCCACACCACUGCCGAAUUCGAGGCUGUCCGAACUAUCAAAGAAAAAGCAUGCUAUUUGUCUAUCAACCCCUUGAAGGAGGAGAGUAUGGAGACGGAGAAAGUGCAGUACUCCCUGCCUGACGGUAACGUCAUCGAGGUUGGGCCAGCUCGAUUCCGAGCUCCAGAGUUGUUGUUCCGCCCUGACCUGAUCGGUGAGGAAUGUGAGGGGAUUCACGAGGUGCUUGCAUACUCCAUACAGAAGUCAGACAUGGAUCUCAGGAGAACACUAUUUUCUAAUAUUGUCUUGUCUGGUGGAUCAACAUUAUUUAAAGGUUUUGGAGAUCGACUACUUAGUGAAGUGAAGAAAUUAGCACCUAAGGAUAUCAAGAUUAGGAUAUCUGCUCCACAAGAAAGGUUAUAUUCUACAUGGAUUGGUGGCUCCAUCCUUGCUUCCCUGGAUACAUUCAAGAAGAUGUGGGUGUCUAAACGCGAGUAUAACGAGGAAGGAGUCAAGGCGAUACAUCGGAAAACAUUCUAGACCAGGAGGCAUUUUAACACAUAAUUCUACAUCCUCAUAUGUGCAUUUCUUGUAAAUGUCCAUGUAAUAUAUUAUUUAUCUGUUGACUUUAGCCGCAGGGGUAGCACAUCAAGGACUGUUUCAGCCAUCUCCAAAAUGGCUGUUGCCUUACGCACCCGAACAAGUGGUGUAACUUCACUGCUUUGUGAUAGGCCUGCUCUGGAUAUGUUAAUGUGUUCUCAUGUAUAUCAGUUCGGGAUCUGAGAGACAGGUCUCCUUGUGUAGGCUUAUAGCUUUGACUUAAUCAUCAUGUCAUAUCAUGAUAAAAAUUGCUUAGUUGUCAGAUUUAGUUAUGUUUCUGUUUGAAGAAAAAUAGGAAACUUAUUCCAGUUGCAAAGUGUCUUCCCUGUAACGUAGCUGCCAACUGUCCCACAUGUUUCGUGUUUGUUACAAAUUUGCAACUAAAAUACAAUUUCUUCCUUGAUUCAUACGAAUAUUAUGAGGAUAAAAUCAUGAGGACUAAAUUUUGAAAGACGCCCGGAUGCCAUUGUACAAAGGGAUCUUAGCGCUAAGGUGAUCGUAACUCCCACACUUAAAGGAAGGCUUACGAUCAUCGUAUUGCUAAGGUUGCUGGUCGUUGUUUUGUAACGGCACCCUGUACAGAGAGUCAUGUAGCCUUCCAACCUCUGCUACAAAUGUGUAUCAACUGGUGUGAAGUCUAUAAAUUGUGUUGCAUCUGUCCAAUUGAGGGGGCAGUCGGGUAGCGUAGUGGUUAAAGCGUUAGCUCGUCACGCCGAAGACCCGGGUUUGAUUCCUGACAUGGGUACAAUGUGUGAAGCCCAUUUCUGGUUUCCCCCGCCGUGAUAUUGCUGGAAUAUUGCUAAAAGCGGCAAAAACCAUACUCACUCACUCACUGUCCAUUUGAGACACUUUUGUCGUGUUAUUGGAAGUUGCUGUAGUCAAAAUUGAAACUAAGCAAUAAAAUUAUCGAUUCAGAUUUGAAAUCUCAUGACUGUAUUGUACUGUAGAUAUUUCCUAUCGUCAGGCAUUGGUGUCCCUACCCGAGGACUGUAACAAAAUACUAAUUGCAAUGUGGUGAAAGUUGACAGCUAUGCUGCAGUAUUUGUUUCAAAUUUGAUGUUUUAUUAAGUAGCUGAACUUUAUGUACUCGAUAUGAGAAACAUUAUUAUAUUCAUUGUAUUCCAAAUAAGCUCUGAUCUGCUUUACAUUGCUCUCAAGACGUUUUGGACAAUGAAACCAGAGGAGUUUAGUGAAUUAAACUUUAGUUGAAAACAGCUUGAAAUUAUCAGUAGUCACAGUACAUUGAAAGUGUGUUUGGAUUUAAGGAAAUAUAUUUUCUGAAGAAUAUAUAUUGUAUUUGACCAACUCUGCUUGCUUGAUCCAGAUCUUCAGAAUUGUCAGUAACUGUAGCUGUUGUACAUACUUUAUCCUGGUCCUGUUGGGGGUCAUCUCUGCUUGAGUACACGUAGAUUGUGUUCCAUGCAUUCACUGUGAGUUGUUACACAAAAUGCAUCAUUCUUAUCGAUUGAAACAAAUUUUCGUAAGACCUAAGAGUCACAUGAGAAGAUACGCUGUACCUACCCGUAAAUGCAAGCACACAAAUGGUGAAAAGGUCACUGUGAACGAAAAGUUCUAUGAUUGUGACGUGAAUUACAUGACACAGCUUUUGACAUAAUUUAUUUGUUGUUUGUAAUUCUAGUGCUAAGAUUCUGAUGUGUGAGCUGCCAGUACUGUGUUUCUUUGUGUACAUUCACAGUGCUGUACAACUAGAACAAACCAUGCUUUGAUUACACAAACAUCAUGUACAAGCUGAAAGAAAUACUCACUAUCUUUCAAGAUAGACACAAUUUUAUGGAUAACAACUUCUUUAAUACUUGCUUGACAACGGUAUAAAGAUCUAUACCGAAACAUCGCUUUUCACAGUAUUAAAGAAGUUGGUAUCCAUAAAAUUGUGUCUAUCUUGUCAUUCUUCAACUUCUAAGUAAUCAUGGUAAUGCCUAUCAAACAAUUUCACUAUCUUUCAUUUGUCAGACCAAUUUUUGCACUAAAAUAUACAAAAAAGGUAUUGAACUGAUUUUUUAAAUAUUAUUAUAGAUAGCUUUUCCGAUUGUCAGUUAUUUUUCAGUUUUAGUGUGUGUUUUGAGCUUUCAACAUUUGCAAAUAUAUUGAUAAUUAUCCAAUGAAAUAUGAUUAUCAAACUGUUAUUAAACCUACAAUAAAGUAAACAUAGGAGUAGGGAUGUAGUAUAAUUUAUUUGUCAGCCAGUCAUUCAAGUGUAUCCAUGGUAACCAUUCCAGGAAAUUGUAUCCAUGGUAACCAGAUAUCUACUUCAAGUAUCCGUAGUAACCACACUAGGGUGCUGCUCAUUCUACGCCUGUUUACAGGUGUAUUUGCCAUUGUAGUUGUGCAAUAUCCUGAAUACAUAGACUGACAGUAGAAGAUUGUCAAGUGGAAGUUUGUCUUCACAGUGUUUUGGUUUUCAUCAGUGCAUUUAAUUAUAGAAUUUGGACUCGUCAUUGCCGACAUCCAAGCUUAAAGGAUCUAAUAGAGGAGAGACUUCCGUUUUCAUCACUUUUAAUUAAUAACUGUUUGCCAUGCAUUUAAAUAAUGAAAGAUAAUAAUAUUAAUAGCACACAUACUUGUAUUGCUUAUAAAUAUUAUAUAUCUUUUGUUUAGAAAAGAACCAUCACUUUUAAAGAAGAGUGUCUACAUACUUGUUGAAAUGAACCUUUUUUUUAAACAGACAACAGUUUCCCAUUUUGAAUUCUACUUCAAUAAAUAUUUGAAGGAACACAAUGUUUUACCGAUGUAGAUUAUUACUUACAUGUAAUGUACUAUUUGCUGUGUAACUACUUUUAGGUGAAAUGUUUCCCUUAUAUCAUUGUAUGGGGAUCUUACCUCAGAUGAAAUGCUAUUGAUGUAGAUAGACUAGUUGUUAUGGUUUGAAGAAGGAAACAUGUUGUUUUGUAUAACUGUUGCUAUCACAAGAUCUGUUGGUGCUUCGUUCGUUUCUUAAAUUAUUAAUUACAGGAACCACAACUUUCUGUGGUUUUGCCAAAGGCACUGAUGGUUUCAUACAAAUUUUAGCCAAGUUAGAUGCUAAUGAAAAUAACUACUUUUAUUCUCGGCUGGUGAAUGCUGUAUUUUGAAUGGGAAUAUAAGAAAUGACUGUUUUCUUUAAAAAGCAAGUUCUUUUCUUUUUGAUCUUUUCGAGAACUUGAAAUUUUGAAGGAGACCUGCCAAGAGCCAUGGGAAUUCGGGGCUAAUGUGAAGCAUGGAAAAAAUUAGAAAUUAGACGUCAUAAAUACUAAAAUGAAAGAUAUAAAUGUAACAUUGGUUUCUACCUGGCCAUUUAUAUUGGUACCACGUUUUUGAAUAUCAGGAAAGAUUGUGAGUUUGUUCAUUAGAGGACUUAUUCAUUGAUUCUUGAUAAGGCUGUUUUUGAUGACUUGGCUCAUAGAUGUUUUCCUAAACCUUAGGGUCAGAAAGGAAGAAAAAAGAACAUUUGAGACAAAAAGUAUGUGAUGAAGUCAUCUCAAUACAUGGUAAGUGGGGUGAUACAGAAAUUAAAUUAAAGAUUGUUGUUUUUUACUUUAACAGUUACUUCCCUACUUUGAAGUUUUUUUCAGUAAUAAAGUACAAGUUAACAGACUUGAUUUGUUUUUUAUGGGAAGAGAGACACAAUUUAAAAAAACAAUUGUAAUAUAAAAAUUUGAUUUAGUGGAUCUGUGAACUAAAUCUUGCAUUAUAGGGAUUUAUUUAAGAGCUAGUAACCUAAAAUGUCUAGUCAGUAUGUUGUUUGUGUGUAUUAUCCUUUCAAAACCAGUGUAGGAUAAUCAGCAGACACCGUCUCGGAUAUUUGAUUGAGGAGUGACCAUUCUCUACAGUCCACAGAUUUCUUAGAGUCUUCGUUGUGGUUUGGGUUUUAUAUCUUUAUAAGAAGGUUGAGUGUCCUACCUUUUUGAGUAUUCCAAGUUUGUUAAGUCCAGGGUUCGACACAUGUGCUUGUUCAAGAAAGAAUAAUGCCAAUCACAUUGAUAAUGACCAGUAGUUUAAGAUAAAAAAUAUGAAAGGUCAGUCUCUCUAUUUUCAAUCACACUCUUUUUUUAAACAAAAUGUUAAACGGGAAUAAUUUAAUAAUAAAGUGUGAGAAAUUGGUGAAAUUGUUAUGAGCUUGGGGGGCGGUCGGGUAGCCUAGUGGUUAAAGCGUUCCCUCGUCACGCCGAAGACCCGGGUUCGAUUCCCGACAUGGGUACAAUGUGUGAAGCCCAUUUCUGGUGUCCCCCGCCGUGAUAUUGCUGGAAUAUUGCUAAAAGCGGCGUAAAACCAUACUCACUCACUAAAUGUUAUGAGCUUGGCUUGUGUUCGGCAGAUGGCUGAUGGCUGAUGCCAUACCUGUGGAAAUUAUUGCUUAUCAGUCCAAGCCUUGGGCAGAAAUUGGUGAAAAAAUAUUUGUCAAAACGUGCAUAAUUUUUUCUAGUUUUCUGGCCAUAUUUUUGGGUGGGACCAGUAACUGUUCUGUGGGACUGGUUUUGUUACAAAUGGCUGAAUCAAGAUAUCAUCAAAUAUGUGAAAACUUCACAUAAUAAAAUAUUAAUAUCCAGAACUUAGCUUCUCCACUUUAAGAAACAAUUUGUGCUUACACACAAAUCAGUUUAAUUAUCAGCACGAUUAGAAAUGGUGCCUUUAGCUGAGGAUAUGCGACGGUAAAUUACAACCUUGUUUGUAUUUCUUUGCUUUCAUAAGACCUUUGUCACAGAUAUUUUGUAAUAGUUAAAUAAUUAAUGUUUUCAGGUAAGAAAUAUGCCCAGGUCAAGCUUUAUUUUUUAAGGGCGGUUGGGUAGCCUAGUGGUUAAAGCGUUCGCUCGUUACGCUGAAGACCCGGGUUCGAUUCCCGACAUGGGUACAAUGAGUGAAGCCCAUUUCUGGUGUCCCCUGCCGUGAUAUUGCUGGAAUAUGCUAAAAGCGGCGUAAAACCGUACUCACUCACUUUAUUUUUUAAAACUCUUUUUGUAUCACGGAAAGUCAUUGGUAUACUGUAUGGUGUCUCGCCUUAAAAUACAGCCAAGCUUACUGCUUUAUGCCCCUAUGCAUCUGAGAUGUCCUGAUUUGGUGAUUGUGUAUCAAGUACGGUAUGUAGCAUCUUAGUGUCAGCUGUUAAUGUAUCCCUUCCUGGCUUGACUGUAAUAAUUGACUGUAAUUGACUGUCACUUGGCAAUGUACAGAAUCUUGUUCUCAGUAUAUAUGAUAUCUGCAAACAAUAAAAUGUUAAAUAAUGAA